AUGAGUCAAUCAGAGUUGGAAAAGCCAACUAUUGAACUAUCUUCGAACAAAUCAAGUUCAAUUGAAGAACCUACUAAGUUAGAUAAUUAUGAAAAUGAGUUUGCGUCAUCAUCCAUUGAAGAACCAGGUAAAAUUCAUACAUUUUUGGGUAUGAGUGGUACCCACUUGAACCUUGCAAUCUCAUCAUUCGGAGCUGUGGGCUUUCUUUUAUUUGGCUAUGAUCAAGGGGUUAUGGUAUGAAUUUGUCAUUGUUUUCAACUAAUCAGUUUGAAUAUUAACAUUUUUAGGGGUCCUUAUUGACGUUAACUUCAUUUACCAGACAAUUUCCAAGUAUAUCUCAAAACACAAGACAUUCUGCGACUUUACAAGGAACUGUUAUUAGUAUUUAUGAAAUAGGAUGUUGUGUAACUGCAUUGUCAACAGUGUUUUUAGCUGAACAUUUUGGCAGAUUAAAAUUAAUGUUUAUUGGUUGUGUAAUUGUUAUUAUUGGUGCUGUGUUACAAGCUACUGCAUUUACAAUUACACAUUUGGCAAUUGCAAGAGUUGUUACAGGCUUUGGAACGGGAUUUUUAACUGCUACUGUACCUGUUUGGUCAGCAGAAUUGAGUAAAGCGAAAUCAAGAGGUAGAUUAAUCAUGAUGGAAGGUAGUUUGAUUACUGCUGGUAUUGCAAUUUCUUAUUGGAUAGAUUUUGGAUUUUAUUUUAUCACAAAGACAUCUAAUGAUCCUCAUGGUAUUGCAUGGAGAAUACCUAUCAUUAUUCAAGUUGUUUUCCCGAUUGCAUUAAUUUGUUUUGUAUUUAAAUUCCCCGAAUCACCAAGAUGGCUAAUGGGUAAAGGAAGAGUUAGAGAAGCAAGAAUAAUAUUCUCAGCUGUAUAUGGAUUAUCAGAAGACCAUGAAAAAAUUAAUGAUCAAUUAGCUGAGAUCCAAAGUGCUUUAGAAUUGGAAAGAAGUGAAAGUGUUGGGUUCAAUAUUGUGGAAUUAUGCAGACAAGGUCCAGCGAGAAAUUUCCAUCGUUUAAGUUUGGCUUGCUGGAGUCAAAUAUUUCAACAAAUAACAGGAAUUAAUCUAAUUACCGUACGUAUCAAUUAUUCAGUGCUGUUUUAGAACGUUACUAACUAUAUCCCAGUAUUGUAUGUUUUUUAAUCAUCCAUUUUGAUUUUGAGAUAUAAAUACUAACUAUUUCAGACGCAGGAACAAUUUUUGAGAAAUAUGUUCAUAUGAGUCCAUUUACUUCAAGAAUUUUAGCUGCUUGUAAUGGUACUGAAUACUUUUUAGCUUCAAUUAUUGGUAUAUUUAUUAUUGAACAUCGUUGGUUCGGUAGAAGAAGAUUAUUGGUUUGGGGAGCUUUUGGUCAAGCAUUAGUUAUGAUGGCAUUAACAAUUGCUGGUUGGCAAGCUCAAGUAAAAAUUGAUCGUGGUGAAUCAAGUACUCAAGCAGGAAUUGCUGCUGCUUUCUUUUUGUUUGCAUUUAAUACAGUAUUUGGAAUGUCAUAUUUAGGAUGUGCAUGGCUAUAUCCUCCAGAAAUUAGUUCAUUAGGUUUAAGAGCUGCUACUGCUGGUUUAUCAACUGCUUGCAAUUGGAUUUUUAAUUUUAUGGUUGUGAUGGUCACUCCAAUUAUGUUUGGUAAUAUUCAAUAUUAUACAUAUUGUGUUUUUGCAUGUAUUAACUUUUUAAUGGGAAUAACUGCUUAUAUAUUUUAUCCAGAGACUCGUGGUAGAACUUUGGAAGAGAUUGAUUUUAUAUUUAAUCAAUGCCCAGUUAAUCAACCAUGGAAAGUUGUUGCAAUUGAAAAGAAAACUCCUUAUAGAGAUUCACAUGAAGAUAUUGAAAAACCAAAAAUGGAGCAUAUAGAUAAUAUAGAUAAGAACAGUUCAAUGAAAUAA